CCGUUGUUGUCGAGUGCGCGACUUCGUCGAAACUUUUUCGUGAGUGUGUUCUAGUGGUUGGAUUGAUGUGUGAAAAGUUUUGCUUGUGUGAUAGUGAAAUAUUAAGUUUCGGUGGUUGUCGACAUUAUACUUCUCCGUGGAUGGUUUAGGAUAAAAUAUGACUAUGACAAAACGAGAAAACUACCUUCAAGACAUAAUAAGACUGCAACUACGAAAACCGAAAAAUUGGAACUGGGAGUUGUCUACUUCAAAAUCAUCACCACACAUUUCUUUGCCCGUAAUUCAACUUUACGAUUCCAAAGGGAAUCUAUUGGUGCAAACGAAAGAUACCAGAUGUACACAAAGGCAGAGCUGGCACAGUGCAGACGUUUCUGCAAGAGAAAAGUUAUUACAUAUCAGGAAACAACUGCACGACUCUCCGGGCAGCCGACUACAAAGGUGCCGUAGUGACACCGCAGAUCAGAACAGUGGAAGGACACUCAAAAAGGAAUCGAUAAUCAGAAACGUCAGAAACGAUGCCAAUAAUAAACUGAUUAAGAGUCCAAGUACGGUGUUAGACGGCACAAAAAAUGGGCGAGGCGCAGAUGUUGUCGAUAAUUGGAGGACGCGAGGUGAAAAUACAAUUAGCCGCGAAGUGUCGCAGGAAAAAAGCGACCGGCGAAAAGUUUUGCGGAUCCGCAAGACCAAAAGUGAUGUCCUUGAUCUUAAAGAUAAUGCAUCAUCGUCCUCGUCGGAAAAUUUGAACGGCACGCCCUCACAGAAAAACGCAACCUUGGCAGAGCUGAUCCGCUUAAGAGCCGAGACCCGUCGACAUAAGCGCUCCGCCAGCGAUGAUCUGUUCAGGAGGAAAUUGAAAUACAACGAGGAGAGUAUCAAACGAGCAGAAUGCGAUGGCUACAAAAAUUUCAUAACGCCCAACAUUAACGGCGAUAAAUCCCCUGGCCGUAAGCCGCAAAGAAACAAAAUGACGGCGGAGAAUGUUUUAUUGGCCAAUAACGUCUCUAAUAUCGAGGUGAACAACAUCACGCACAAGAGGUACACGACGAGGACCAGUAGCGCUGGGACGUUGGUAAUUAGUGAGGAAAGUUUUAAGCGGCACAGGCGACGCCGCAGCAAGCCCGAAGUCCCGGAUGCCAUAAUGGAACCGGCGACGAACUUGGAACUGAGCAGAACAAAAGGGUAUGUCUGUCCCAUAGAGAGGGUCGGAGAGCUACGGCAAAACGAAAAACGAAGAAGACACGCGAGGUAUAGGAGCGAUCCUGAAGGCAGAACGCUCGAUCCACCGUAUCCUGUUGGGUGCUCGAUACCUAAUCAAUAUGUGUCCAAUGGUGGGCUAUGCGGAUCGGGGGGAAAUACAUUUAUUAGGUCAAAGAGCGCCGAAACGAGUCACAUAAAACCAAGAAACGGGAUGCUAAGCAAUUCGAAGAGUUCCACGUACCUGUUCCGGGAAUUGUCUAACGAGCAGGACGAUGACAAGUGUAACGACGUAAACCGUAACGUCCUGGCCCAGGUACAGGGAACGAUUCCCGGGGAAGGCCGCAAAAGUAACAUUCCGUCGUCGGGUGCGGUGUUUGGGUCCAUUAUCGAAAAAGGCUGCGAAAGGACGGGAAAAGGGAGAAACAACUAUAACAGACUCGAUAGAGUAAAUUCCAAUAAAGAAGUGAGGAACCUAGGAAGUCACUCUUACCUUUUCCGAGACUUGUCCCAUGGACAAGUAGAUAACAAGUAUAACGACCCACAUUACGUCGUUCAAGAACCGACGACGCCAAGCGAUAGCCGCAAAAGUAGCAUUCCAAUAUCAGUCGAAGAGUCCGUAGCCGAAAAAUCCGGGAGCUUUCGCAAAGAAGGUAGAGGUAGAAACGAAACAGUAAAAUGGAAGGAUUACAAUCAAUAUGAGACAGUUGAUCCGAGACGUCACGAGUCGAAUAAUUCCUCGUACCUAAUCCGAGAAUUAUCUAACGAUCAAGACGAUGACAAAAUUUGCGAAGAAUGUAACUACGAUGUUUUGGAACCAACGACUCCAAGUGAGAGUCGCAAAAGUAGUAUUCCAGUAUCACAAAGUGAUGUUGAUGAUGUAUCAACAGAAAGAAUUGAAAUUAACAGUGACAAGGAGUUGAAAACAUUGGAUUUGGAUGAAGGAGCUUUAAAAAAAGGUCACCUAGUCAAGCAACAUAACAAACUCCACAGCACCACAGAGGAAGGUAGCGGUGGCGGCGGGGGCGACAGCGACCUGCUGCAACUGGUGCGUCGCCUCUCCUCCAACGACCAUGUGAAUAUGGGAGCAAACGUUAGCCGGCACUCGGCCAAGGGAUUGUCCGGCCGCAGGUCGCAGUCCAGCGGCAGCAUAUGCAAUGGGAAGGGCCGCCACCCAGACGGGAAGAUCUGCAGCAGUUUGCCAAGUUAUCUGGACGAGCGCGAGAAUGGCAACGGCUGCAAUAAUAACCAUAACGACUGCGAGAAGCAGCCCCUUGACGAGGUGGAUCGGAUCCCACCGCUGGGCGAUGGAGCUCCUCUUCACUGGAAGUUUUCCGACCAGCAGACAGCAUUGUGUGACCAGGGGUACGGGUCUGAGCGGUCGCCGGAGGAGGAGUAUCCACCUCCGUUGCCCGAUCACGAUAAGCAGUGCCACCGCCACCUUGAGCCACACGCCUGUUAUCCCUUCAUCACCCCAGAGAGCACAUUCUGUGUGAAGCUGUUGAAGGGAUCCAGAGGUUUGGGGUUGUCGGUGACCGGCGGGGUAGACAGCACUGGCGCUUGGCCCGGUCUAAUUCGCAUCAAAAGACUGUUCCCCCAUCAGCCCGCGUCGACGUGCGGACUCCUCAACGUGGGGGAUCUACUGAUCGAAGCCAACGGAAUUACGCUUACCGGCCUCUCGAAUUACGAGGCCUUAGAAGUAUUAAGAACGGCACCUAAUCAGGUCGAGCUGAAGGUGUGCCGCCCGCCGCCCGACGUCCUUAACUGCGUAAGCCCCAUCUCGGAAGUGCCACCUCCGCCACCCAGAAGGGAGCCGCCCUCGAGCCUUCACCUGCCCCCAACCGCUUACAGUUCCCCCGAAGACGACUAUUACCAUGGCGAAUUUGAAGUGACACUGACCAAGAUCCAGGGCUCACUAGGGUUCACCCUUCGUAAAGAGGACGACAGCGCCCUAGGUCACUACGUGAGGGCGCUGGUCAGGGAACCCGCUCUAACCGAUGGCAGGAUACGGGCGGGGGACAAGAUAAUUGCGGUAAAUGAUGUAGAAAUCUCCCCGAUGAGCCACGAGCAAGCGGUGCAAUACCUCAGACAAUGCGGCGAUGUGGUAAAACUUCGCCUGUACCGGGACUGUGCCCAGACGCCGGUCGCCACUCUCUCGCCCACCGAAACCACUCCAAGAACUUCCUUCUCCCGAAAGGCACAUUUGAGGCAAGAGGCUGUAGACAUGCUGAACGACAUAGCUGUGCGCAAGCUGAUCCCAGGUAACCAAGACACAUACAGACGCUCCUUAUCACCAAACGCAUCACCUCGAAGACUGCGUCGUCAUCCUUGUCCAUCCGACGCGUCACACGUCACUGACCCAACCACAUACAUGCAACAGACCGACAGCGAACAGUUCCACGAAGGCCUGCUCCAGAAAUGCUCACAUCCUUUCGACGACGACGCCUUCAACUCCCUGUUCUCCAUCGAAUCCGAUGACGGCGACCGGCCGCCACGUCCCAGCUCGCUCGAACUCUACAAUCCUAAUCAGACUCCCGUGGCCACCAGAAAACCCCGCUUCAACUUUUCAUUAGCACACAACCAAUACGAACUGAACAACCUCGAUCCGGAGGUGUUGGACGCGCCUAAUCUCACAUAUAACCUAGGUAACGAUGACACGAAGAGCACGGACGUCGAGUGCGGCGACAGUUUCCCCCAGGAACCCGCCAGCAUGCCACAUAUCCCCCUAGACACCUCGGCCUUUAGCUAUAAAAACCCUGCGUACCAGUCCGCACAUCCUCCCUGUGGAACCGACGCGACCGAUGACAGACCCGCCAUUGCAUCCACGUCUUCUACUGCCGUCACCUCCUCAAAACCCAUCGCGGCCCCUAAACCCAAACCCACCACAGACGACACUAACAUGAGGAAGUGGAAGGGCGUUACCCUCGACAAAGAAGAAACUAAACCUCAAGUCAGAAAAAUGAGAAUGCCGGAAGAAUAUGAAGUUCUAGCUAUAGAAUUAAACAGAGGAUGGAACAGUCGUUUGGGCUUUAGUCUACAAGGCGCCGCAGGAGUAACGUAUGUCAGUGCUGUACAUGCCGAUAGUGUCGCUGCUAAAGAUGGUCGUUUGAAGCCUGGUGAUCGCGUAAUUAAAGUAAAUGAUGAGAGCGUCGAGAACAUGACAACAAAUGAAAUAAUAGAUUUAUUGCGAAUAGUAAGGGGUCCAGUAUGUAUAGUUAUAUCGAGAGUCAAAUCAAAUGAAGACUGUCCAAAAAGCAAUGCUGAGAAUUGAAAACACUAGUACAAGAUAUUAUUCUAAAAGCGUCUAUCAAAUGUAAAUUUUAAGGUGUAAUCUUCCUAAAUAUUUAAAUUUUUAAUAUGUUUUUAAUUAAUACUAGGUAUUCAGAUUUUAUUAUAAUUUUUUUAUAAUUUCUUGAUUGAAUUUGAAUGAAACAUUGUGAUAGAUUUAGUUAGUAAUUUAUUUUAAAAUGUUUUCCUGCUUAAAAUGUGAUUUUGUAAAAUGCAAAUGUUUAUAGUGAUUUAAAAUAUUAUGAGAAUGUAAAGUAAAUCAGCUCGAAUAUGAUUUUAGAAUUUUAAGCUAGUCUGUAUUGUAAAUGAUUAUAAUACGUUUAAAUUAUUAUCGACUUGUUAUAUAAGUCUAGCUUUAGAUAAUUAAAUUGUAGUUUUUAAAUAUACUUAGUAUCAAUGUUAAUAGAAAAAAAUAUUAUAUGCAGUAUUCUCAUUCAAUUAAAUAUAUAAUAUAUUAUAAAAUUACAUUCUAAAUUUUUGCCUAAAUAGUAAAUCUAUUAUUUUUUGUAAGAAACUUGUAAAUCAAAUAUAUAUUAAAUCAAUUAAAUUCAGCAAUAUAUAAAUAUUUAGAGUAAACUGUAAAAUUGUACAUUUAUUUAAGGAUUGUAAGUAGAUACGUUUUAAAUUUUGUUGUAUUUUAUAGAGACUUUUUAGAUAUUUCAAUUGUUUUUUCUGAUUCAAAACCAAAGACAUGAUAAAUAAAAUAAAUAUCG